UGUGGGGGCAAAGUUUGAUUUUUCAAAAGUCGCACUUCAAUUUGUCUUUUUGGUUUUUCCAAGUAAUCCAUGGCUGCUAUCAUUGGUAAUAAAUCAUCUCCCAACAUAAUAGUCUUAUUUUUAAAAUUUAAAUGUAUUUCUUCUUUUUCCUCCAUUAAAUCAGUUCCUAUUACCAAACCUCCAGGGCACGCAUUGUCUUCAGAAAUUAAAAAUGGCCAUUUAAUUUUUGACUCUCCAAUAACCACAGUUGCCAUAGCUGAGCCUAAAAAUGAAAUUGGGGUGGAAUUUGCAGCCCAAGCCAAAGGAACAUCUCCUGGUUUAAUUUUCAAUCCACAUUUUAUAGCCACGGAUUUUCCACAAUAA